AUGUCAGAUCUUGCAGAGGAAUUGGUAGAAGAAAUAUUAUCUUGGAUUCCAUUGACAUCUCUGACGGAAGCUAGAUGUACAUGUAAACCCUGGAACGCCUACUUGAGAAAUCGGAAACAGUUUACAGGGUACAUGGUGUUGGAUUCUAAGCUUUGUUCAAUGGAAUUCAAUCUCGACCUCGAACGAUUUCGUGUAAAGCAAGUAAACUUUUUGGUUAAGCCAUCUAUAAAGCAAGCAAGUAUACUUAACCAAGGAGAGAUAUGCGAAGUCUUUCACUGUGACGGAUUGCUCUUAUGCGUCAUCAAAGACGAUAGGUGGCGCUUUGUGUGGAACCCUUACUUGAGGCAAAUCAUGUGGAUCAAACCCAUAAACGAUUCCCACAAAUUCCACACAUCGGACAUGUAUGCUCUCGGGUACGACAAGAACGGUACGCACAAGAUCUUGAGGCUUUUGGAUGUUUUCAAGUUCUCACAUCUCCUUCCUUUUUACGAAAUCUACGAUAUUUACUCUGACUCAUGGAAGAUUCUUCAUCUCAACUCCGGGUGUAGUAUAAAAAGCGAGAGGUUUGGGACGCGUCUUGAUCUCCCGAUUGGCACGAGGAGUCCGAAAACGAAAACCGUGGCUCUGUCUUCUGUUAGGGAUGAGCAGCUCGUUGUGUUACAUUUAACCAAGGAUAAUAGAAUGGACAUUUUUAUAAUAAGGAAUAUUACGGUCAACAACGGCAUGACGACGUCAUGGACAUGGAGCAUAUUCUUGAGAGUGGAAUUAAAACCGUCGUUUACCUUUUUGGAAGCUGUAUCUUUCUUCAUCGACGAGGAGAAGAAAAUCGCUCUUGUUUCCGAAUCAUACAAAUCUUCUCGAGCUUGUAUCAUUGAAGUUGAUGGAUACUUCAAAUCAGUGAAUAUCCGAGAAGCUAGGAAACCUGGACUUGAAUGUUUUUGUAACCAACUUGUGUUCUCUUCUUAUGCUCCAAGUGUAGUGGAACUACAACCAUAUCGUCGCCGGAGCAAAAGGAAAGCAAGAGACUAUUAG